AUGAACCAGUUGGGAAGUCACUGCUUCAGUGUGACUGAGGAGGCCUCAUUGCCUGAGAUCCAAGUGCCGCUUAUCCUUUCCCUAACAACACCUGAAGAUGGGACCUUUUUUCUUUCUGCUCUACGGAACAAAAAUCCAACAGAGCCCGUGACAACUCAGCCGACUCGUGGGGUUGGCACGUCCACCGUCACAACAGUCAUACGGACCGGAGGAGAUUGGACCACUGGCCUCUUUGGUAUCUGCAGUGACAAGAGUGUUUGUGUCUGUGGGGCCUUGUGUAGCCCAUGUCUAGAAUGCAACCUUGCAAGGCACUAUGGGGAGUGCCUGUGUUUCCCAUUGCUGCCAGGUUCCACCUUAGCGUUGAGAGUCGGCGCCAGAGAGAAAUACAAGAUACGAGGAACCCUGUGUGAAGACUGGAUGGCAGUUCAUUGUUGCUGGCCUUUUGCUGUUUGCCAAGUGGCCCGAGAGCUGAAGAGGAGGGCUACGACCCAGAUCUAUGAAAUAAACACUGCUCCUACAGCUAAAGAUACCCUAGUUUAA